AUGAGGAUAGCGCUUUGGAAUGCUAGGAGUGUGAGGAAUAAAAUAGAUGAAGUUAGGAGGGUGGGAGAGGAUUAUGAUAUGAUGGCAAUUGUCGAAAGUUGGCUGUGUCCUGAAGACUGUCUUAGGAUAAAUGGAUGGCAGUCCUUUAGAAGGGAUUCAGGGGGAGAAUUGAGAGGAGGGGGUAUAAUUGUGCUGAUUAGGGAUGGUAUAGAGGCUAGGAUUGGGGGUAGUAAUAGUAUAAACGAAGGUGGGAUGGAAACCAUGUCUGUGAUGGUUAGGAUGAAAGAAGGAGAAGUGGAAUUUGUGAUAGGGUAUAGAAGACCAUCUGGCAGAGGGGAUAAGGGGAUAUGGAGGAAGGUUUUUGGGAGAGGGAUAAUAGGAGAGAGAAGAGUGUUUCUUGGGGAUUGGAAUGCAAAGAAUAUGGUGUGGAAUUAUGAGGAAAAUGAUGUGGCUGGAGAAGCUUUGGAGGAGGUGUUAGAAGAAAAUGAGUUAGUGGUUCUGAAUUACGGGACAAUGUCAAGGAUUGGCAGGGCGGAUCAGAGACCGUCAAAUUUAGAUUUGAUAAUUGCGAAUGGGAAUAUAGGGAUGAAAAUGGAAAUUGUUGAAACAGGGGAGACCAUGGGGUCAGACCAUCAACUAAUAAAGAUAGAAUGGGAAGAGGAAACAAUGGAGAUGGGGGAGGAGAAAAGUACGAGAAGGUUCAGUAGUAGGAAAAUUGAUCAAGUUGAAUUUUUGAAAUGGCUUUUGGGGACAGAAGACCAAGUGAAUAGGAUAAUUGGAGGGGAGAUGAAUAUAGACCAAAAAUGUGACAGCUUUACAAAACUGUUGCAAGAAGGGUUACAGGAAUGUGUAAAGGGGCGGAGAGGAGACGAAAACAGAAGAAGAAAUGAGGAGAAUGGAAGGAAAAGGGGGGGAAAGAAUAGGAAAGAAAGAAGAAAGAUUUGGUGGGAUGCGGAAUGUGAGAGAGUAAAAGAGGAGAGAAGAAAGGCUACGAUAAUGAUGAGGAAGAAGCCAAAUGAGGUAAAUUGGAACAGAAUGAUAGAGGCAAAUAAAAGAAUGGAGGAAGUAGUAAAAGCUAAGAAAAAAGAAUCCUGGGAGGAGUUUAUAAAGGGAAUUAGGCAUAGUACUAAUAUAGGAAUCUUAUGGAAAAGGGUAAAGGCUCUGUUAAAGUGUAUUGAUAGGUCGGGUGGUGAUGGAAUGAACAAGAGUGAGAGGGUUAAAUUAGAAAGUGAGGAGACUGAUAGGAUUAUUAGGAUGUGUGGAGUGGAUGGAGAAGAAGAUAUUAUAGUAACACAGGAGGAUAGGGAUGGAACGGAGAGAGAGAGGAUAGAGGUAAGGGAAAAGAAUAUUAGAAAUAGGAUAGGGAGUGAUAUGGAGGGGAGAUACAGUAGAGAGUUUAGUGAGGGUGAGUUGGAAAGGGCAAUUAGGGUCGUGAAAUUGAAAACAGCCCCAGGAGAGGAUGGGAUUGAGUUUGGAAUUAUUAAAAAAUUGACUAAAGGAUGGAGAAAGAAUCUAUUAGAGUUGUUUAAUGAGGUGUGGAGGAAUGGAAGGGUACCGACAAGAUGGAAGGAAACAAGGGUUAAAUUAUGGAAAAAAUGGUUAAUGAAAGGCUGA